CAAUUCACCGAAACUCAUAGAACAAAAUACAAGCGACGGGGGAACCCAGAGAUGAAGUCGUCGUCCCCUUCCCUAUUACUACUACUCGCCAAACCAAUUGCUGUGAUAGCCGUCACCGUCGGCAGCACCGUUGUCUUUGUACUACUACUCUCUCAACCCCAAAACCCGCCUUCACCUUCAACUCCUCCUUCUCUAUCGCAAGACUCGAUGGCUCGAAGCUUCGUUCUGUGGCUUCACGGGUUGGGCGACUCCGGUCCAGCCAACGAACCCAUCAAGACCCUAUUCACUUCUCCCGAGUUCAGAAACACCCGUUGGUCCUUCCCUUCUGCUCCUUCCCAGCCCGUCACUUGCAACAAUGGUGCUGUGAUGCCCUCGUGGUUUGAUCUUCAUGAAAUACCAAUUACGGCUGUUUCUCCAAAUGAUGAAAAUGGUGUCCUUAAAGCAGUUCGGAACGUGCAUAACAUUAUAGACAAGGAGAUAACUGCUGGCACAAAUCCUGACAAUAUAUUUGUAUGUGGAUUUAGUCAAGGAGGGGCCUUGACCUUAGCAAGUGUUUUGCUAUACCCAAGAACUAUAGGAGGAGGUGCAGUUUUCAGUGGAUGGGUUCCUUUUAAUUCCUCUAUAAUAGAGCAAAUCCCGCCAGAUGCAAAAAAGACGCCUUUUUUGUGGUCUCAUGGUAUGGAUGACAGAACAGUAUUUUUUGAAGCUGGACAAGCGGGUCCACCUUUCCUCGAACGAGCAGUCAUAAGUUGCGAAUUUAAGGCUUAUCCAGGUCUUGGCCACUCAAUAAGCACCGACGAGCUACGUUACUUGGAAACGUGGAUCAAGGCCCGUUUGAGGAGCUCUUCCUGAAGCUCCUUCGAGUAUAUAAUGAUUGUUUGCAUGUUACCGUGUUCUUGGGGUUUCUGCCUUGAUACAUGGAGAUGCUAGUAAAUUUAGUUGUGGUACUCGAUCAUGUGGAACGUGUUUCAAAUGAAUUUUAUUAACACCAA